AUGAAGGCUGCACGUUCGUCACCCUGGUCAGACCUCCCUCCAGAGAUCCUAGGCCUACUCCUCGAGCGCCUUCCCUCCCUACCUGAUCGUGUUCGAUUGAGAGCAGUCUGCCACCCAUGGCGUUCUAAUGCUAAACUGCAGUCCUUGCCUCCUCCGCUCCCGUGGCUCACUCUCCUCAAUGGGACCAUCCUGAGCAUCCCAGAUGGUAAAAUUAUCAGGAUGCCUGUACCAGGUGAUGCUUGUUGCUGUGGUUCCAUUGACAAUUGGCUCUUCCUCGUGCAAAAUGAUGGUGGGUGCUCAUUGAUGAACCCUUUCUCCAAGGCCACACUGGACCUUCCUAAGCUAGCCACUGUUUGGCGUCGUGAUAGGUUUAAUGCAAGUGAAAGAUCUAAUCCACUUUUCUAUAAGCUGGUGGUUUCCUCGCCCCUGGACUCCUCACCAGAAUCCCUUGUUGCAGUCCUGAUCCUGGAUGAUGGUAAUUCCAGCACUAUUUGUAUUUGCCAGCCUGCCCAGCCACCAGUUGCCACCAACUUGUCCAGAGGGAAGCGCAUGGAACCAUCUCUGUACCUGGCUGAUGUUGCCUUCUUCAAUGGGAAGCUGUACGGAGUUGCUUUUGGUAACGAGCUUGUUAUCUUUGAGAUUGGUUAUGACCUUGGCAGUAAGCUGAAGAUCUCAGCCACUGAAUGCAUCAACUCUGUGGAUGAUUUAUGGGACCUGCCGCAAUACUUAUCCAGUGAGGAGGUGUACAUAGAGAGGGAAUAUCUAGUUCAAUGUUGUGGUAGACUCUUGCAGGUUAAACGAUUUAUUCACAAUGAUCGUCCCUGUUCCAGAAGUAUUUCCUUUGAGCAUCAUCGUACUGUUGCAUUUGAGGUCUUUGAGGCAGACUUGAGCACCAAUCCUGGUCAGUGGAGACGGAUCAAUAAGUUGGGCAGCCAAGCGCUCUUCGUUGGCAAGCAUUGCUCUAAGUCUUUCACUUCUGAAGAGUACAAUGGAGUUCAAGCGGAUUGCAUAUAUUUCAUGUGUGACUAUCUUCCACCAGUUUAUGCUGUGAAUCCUCUUCGUGACUCUGGCGUGUACAACAUGAGGAAUGGGAUGAUCACUCCACUGUUGUCACAGACGGCUGCAGUGCCGCAGCAUCACGGUGGCAACUGGCGUCCAACAUGGAUCUUUCCUUCUGAUCCUAUAUAA